UGUUGACUUAUUACGAUUCGCAUCGAGUGUGCAUUAUGUGUAUAGUUACAAACUAUACAUACCUAUACAUAUAGUAGUUUAUAUUCCGUACGUAGCAUACCGGUUAAGGUUACUAAGAAUCACAUCUUUUGUAAAUAAAUAUCUAUAGUAAGAAUCAAUUAAUUGAAUGUGUUGCUUGUAUAUUAGUAAAUUUUCAGUGUUCACCAUUAUUUCGUAAACAGAAGGAAGAUGUUUAAAAAAUUUGACGAAAAGGAUAGUAUUUCUGGUAUACAACAGCUAAAGUCAUCGGUUCAGAAAGGGAUUCGUUCGAAGCUGUUAGAACUUUAUCCAUAUUUGGAGAGUCAUGUGGAUAGUAUAAUUCCAAAGAAGGAUGCUUUCCGAAUUGUGAAAUGUCAUGAUCACAUAGAGAUUAUAGUAAAUGCAGCUGGUGAUCUGCUAUUUUUCCGUCAACGUGAGGGACCUUGGAUGCCUACAUUAAGAUUAUUACAUAAAUAUCCAUUUUUUUUACCGAAACAACAAGUUGAUAAAGGCGCUAUCCGAUUCGUUCUUAGUGGAGCUAACAUUAUGUGUCCUGGUCUAACGUCGAAAGGUGCAAAGAUGACACCUGUAGAAAAGGGAACAGUUGUUGCUGUCAUGGCUGAAGGCAAGCAACAUGCUUUAGCUGUGGGUACUACUACACUGUCGACAGAAGAUAUAAUUAAAGUGAACAAAGGAAUAGGCAUAGAGAAUUGUCAUUACUUAAAUGAUGGACUUUGGCAAAUGAAAUCUGUGAAAUAAAAGACUGAUGUACAAUG